ACUUCAACUGUAUUAUUGCAGUCAUUUCUAGAUGUAGAUGUAGGUCUGCUUUUUAUGGAUCGGAUGAUGUCGAGGAAUUACUUAUGAGAAAAAUGAACAUGAAAAUUACUACUUUUGAAAGCUAUUUUCGAAGAUUCAUUUGUUCAGGUUGCGAAUGUGAUUAGAAUUCAAAAAAGAUAGACAGAAGGAGGCAAAAGGUGAAUAUGAUGCACAGAGCAUCUUAAAUAUGCAGACUUCGUGGUCUAGGCUCUACUGUAUUAUAUAUAGAGGUACACCAAUCAACACGUUUUUUUGUAGUUUUGUCCCAUCAUGCCAAACGUUAUUUUUUACCCCCAUUAUAGCAAAGGUGAUUGAUUACCCCCCGUCUGCUUCAUUUUUGGAUCUUUUGGAAUAACAAUGGCAUUGCGCCGUGAAGAUGAACAAAGUCAGCUUUUUCGCGAGAAAGGCUCAAGCUCAAGCUUAAGCAGUCUAGAUGGAGUGCGUGCUAUUAGAUAGGUAGCCGGCACUCAAGAGGGGAUACAUCUUGACGGAAACAGAUCGCUUAAAAACAAAAGAAAACAAAACUGACAAAGCCACAGAAUUCUUAAUAUGAUGGUCAUUGUAGUAUAAUUGUCGUCGUCAUCUCCGGUUUGCUCUAUCUAUGCCUAUGCGAAGAUGUUACCUAUCACGCAGUUCACGCUUAGACCUCGCGGCUAGCUCUACCCAACACCAAUAGAGGGCAUUUAAUUAAUCGCGGUAAGCUUGAUCACCUUGGGUCGAAGCGUGCGGCUUUUGGUGAGUGAGUGCUGAACUCUGUCGGGACUCCUCCCAAUCUGUUGCGUGUUCUUUAUAGAAUUUGGCGCCUAGAGAACUUAGGCAAGUAACUGCGUCAAGGUCGUUAGCUUGUCGCGCGUGUUCUCAACUUGGGGAGUGUUUCGGUAGAGGUUAGGGAAGGAAGUAAUUAAGUACGCUCAUAGGUAGCAGAGAAUUAUUACGAGCUGCAGGGACGGUAUGACAGGACGCAAAAACCAUUCUUAUAUUCUUAUAUAUACUUCAAGCGCAUCCGGUGCUUAUCCUUUG